AUGGCGUCAACUCUUCACCACGACCCCAUGGCCCUGCGCCAAUCUAUUGAAGUACCUUCCGAUCCCGACCGCCGCACUACAGAAUUCUCGAAGCGAAACGGUCAUGCCGUGAGCAUCAGAAUGCCGUCAGAAUUAGAUUUGCGAUCAGACCUGGACCUGGCAGACCACACAAGGACCAACGCUCUAGAAGAAACCGGCGAGCCGCUCUCGUAUGAUAGCUGCAAUCACCAGCGUGAGGGCAACAGCUCUUCUGAUCCUACCAUUACGCUGUCUUCUACGAACAAAGUCGCGGGCAUGACGGUCGCGCCGUUCCUGGCGAAGCAUAUUCCCGAGCAGUAUGCCCCGAUGGGAACUGGAGCUUCGACGACAGCGCAGAAGGAUCCAAGUACCAAGUACUGCUACCGCCACCGCCCCGAUUCGAAAUGUCGAAGGACGGCAGAUGAGCCCACUAUGGAGAAUCUGCAAAGGGAACUCGAGACAUUAUCUCAAGCUGAUCAGCAGGGCAUAAGUCAUGUCUGGUCCUUGUUCUCUGCUGCUCCUGCGAAACAUAGAAAUCUCAUGCUACAGGGUAUCCUCACACAAUGCUGUUUCCCUCAGCUCUCGUACCUUUCAACCGCGGUCCGGGACCUCAUCCGGAUUGACUUCAUCGCCGCCCUUCCUUCCGAGAUAUCCUUUAAGAUUCUAUGUUACUUGGAUACGACAUCAUUGUGUAAGGCAGCACAAGUGAGUCAUCAAUGGAGAGUAAUGGCAGACGACGAUGUGGUAUGGCACAAAAUGUGUGAGCAACACAUCGAUCGGAAGUGUAUAAAGUGUGGCUGGGGAUUGCCGCUUCUGGAGAGGAAACGACUGCGAGACUGGAAGCGCCAACAGCAGCUGCGAGCGACUGGUCGAGGACUGAACCAAUGGUCCCCAAAUCUGACACCAAUACCGGAUGACCAGCGUAGCUUGGAAUUGAUCAAGGCACCUUCUACCUCGAAAGGGUGCUCAAAGAGAGACUCGAGUUCUUUCAGUGCCGACCUUACGGUGACAUCCUCGGAGGGAACGAAACGACAGAGAAUUAACCCUGAGGAUUCGUAUUUCGGCAAGCCGAAGUUCCGCCCUUGGAAAGACGUUUACAAGGACCGGUUCAAGGUUGGAACAAACUGGAAGUAUGGACGAUGUUCGACGAGAAUCUUCAGAGGUCAUACGAAUGGUGUCAUGUGUCUACAAUUCGACGACAAUAUUCUUGCUACUGGUUCUUAUGACUCGACUAUCAAGAUUUGGAACAUUGAGACUGGGGAAUGUCUCCGUACAUUGAAGGGACAUACAUCGGGAAUUCGCGCUCUUCAAUUUGAUGACACGAAGCUUAUCAGUGGAAGUCUUGACAAGACUGUCCGCAUCUGGAAUUGGCGAACAGGGGAAUGCAUGUCAACCUAUCAAGCCCACUCUGAAGGCGUCAUCGCGGUCCAUUUUGACGGGAACACCGUGGCAUCUGGUUCGGUCGAUAAAACAGUCAAGAUCUGGAAUUUUGACGACAAGUCGACUUUCUCCCUUCGAGGCCAUAAAGACUGGGUCAACGCCGUCCGAGUUGACGCGGCAUCCCGAACUGCCUUCUCCGCCUCCGACGACUGCACUAUCCGACUUUGGGAUCUCGAUACUCGAAAGACGAUUCGUAUAUUUGAGGCGCACGUGGGGCAAGUCCAACAGGUCGCCCUGCUUCCGCCCGAGUACGAACCCGAAGAUUUUGGCGCAGUCGAGGAAGACGACGGAACGAGCAGCACAGCCAGCACAACUGACGUCCAAACCCCCAUCCUCCAGCCCGACGCUCCUUACGGCGAAGACUGGCCCAGUUCGCGCCCGUACCCACCCCGCUACAUGGUUACCGGCGCCCUGGAUUCAACCGUCCGCCUCUGGGACGUAUCGACGGGCCGCUGUCUGAAAACCAUGUUCGGACACGUUGAGGGUGUGUGGGCUCUUGCCGCCGAUACAUUACGGGUGGUUUCCGGCGCUGAAGACCGUAUGGUUAAAGUGUGGGAUGCGAGGACGGGAAAGUGCGAAAAAACGUUCUCCGGGCAUGCAGGGCCUGUGACGUGUAUUGGGUUGAGCGAUAGUAAGAUGGUCACGGGGAGUGAGGACUGUGAGGUUCGGCUUUACAGCUUCAAGAUUGAAGUGAGUGAGGGGGUUGACAGUGACGUGCUGGUGGCCUCUACGCCAUCGCAGCAGUAG